AUGUCGCCCACUUCAGCUGCAGCCCCGGCUCCUGCGUCGGUCUCCCUGUUUGACCUCAACGCGGAUGCCCUGAUCUUUCAGGGCCUGAGUCUGGUGAGCCACGUUCCCAGGGAGGCUCUGGCCCAGGCCCUGCACUGUCCAGGUUCAGGUGAGACAGAGAGCCCAAAAAGAAAACUACUCCAGGGUCCUCCAGAUAUUUCGGAGAAGUUACAUUGUUUAACCUGUGACCACACCUUGCAGAACCACCAGGAGCAGAGAGAACAUUAUAAGCUUGACUGGCAUCGGUUUAACUUAAAGCAACGUCUUAAGGACAAGCCCCACCUCUCUGCCUUGGACUUCGAAAAGCAGAGCUCCACAGGAGAUCUUUCCAGCAUCUCAGGAUCAGAAGACUCAGACUCAGCCAGUGAGGAGGAUUUGCAGAUAGUAGAUGAGGAAAGGGCUAAAUUUGAGAAGCCUAACCAACCACGAGGCUUCCACCCGCAUCAGGUUCUUUUCCGAAACGCCCAGGGCCAGUUCCUCUCUGCCUACCGUUGUAUCCUAGGCCCUCGCCAGGUGCCCCCAGAAGAGGCAGGACUUCUGCUACAGAACCUGCAAAGUGGAGGUCCCAGAUACUGUGUGGUGCUCAUGGCUGCAGCUGGGCACUUUGCUGGUGCCAUUUUCCAAGGAAGAGAAGUGGUGGCACACAAAACUUUUCACCGCUACACUGUACGGGCCAAGCGGGGCACAGCCCAGGGGCUUCAGGAUGCCCGGGGUGGGGCUUCUCGCUCUGCUGGAGCCAGCUUGAGGCGCUAUAAUGAAGCCACACUAUGUAAGGAGGUUCGUGACCUGUUGGCAGGGCCAGGCUGGGCUGAGGCGCUGGUGGAGGCUGGGACCAUUCUGCUGCGUGCCCCCCGCUCUGGCCGAUCCUUGUUCUUUGGAGGCCGUGGGGCACCCCUGCAACGGGGGGACCCCCGACUUUGGGAUAUCCCCCUCGCCACCCGCAGACCCACCUUCCGAGAGCUACAGCGUGUGCUCCAUAAGCUGACUACUUUGCAUGUCCAUGGAGAAGACCCCCGGGAGGCAGUCAGAUCAGACUCACCUCAAACACACUGGAAGACAAUGAAAGUGGAGAGGAAGGAGGCUAUCGAAGAAGAAAGAAGAAAGGUCCCCAGUGAUGAAAAUGAGGAACUUGGGCAGAAUGCACAGUCUCCCAAACAGGGUUCAGGGUCGGAGGGAGAGGACAGCUUCCAGGUUGAGUUGGAGCUGGUGGAGAUGACACUGGGGACUCUGGCUCUUCGUGAGUUUGAGGUAUUGCCCAAGCGGAGUAGGAAGAAAAGGAGUAAGAAGCAGAGAAGCCGGGACCUGGAGGCUGGGGCACACAGGACUCUACCCCAGCAACCCCAAGAAGAUGAGGCUCUCACAGAGGCAGCCCUGGCAGAUACAACCCCCAUGGGGCCUUCGCUGGAUGAGGCCAUGGCCACUGGUCAGCCAGAGCUCUGGGGUGUGCUUCUGGCUGCUUGCCGAGCCGGAGAUGUUGGGAUGCUGAAGCUCCAGCUAGCUUCCAACCCUGCAGACCCUGGAGUUAGGUCUCUGCUCAGUGCCCCCUUGGGCUCUGGUGGCUUUACGCUCCUGCAUGCAGCAGCUGCAGCUGGAAGAGGUUCAGUGGUUCGCCUGCUAUUGGAGGCAGGUGCCGACCCUACUGUGCAGGACUUCCGGGCCCAGCCACCGUAUACCGUUGCAGUUGACAAAUCAACACGUAAUGAGUUCCGAAGGUUCAUGGAGAAGAAUCUGGAUGCCUAUGAUUACAACAAGGCUCAGGUGCCAGGCCCACUGACACCAGAGAUGGAGGCACGGCAGGCCACACGGAAAAGGGAGCAGAAGGCAGCCCGGCGGCUACGGGAGGAACAGCAGCGGAAGCAACAGGAGCAGGAGAAGCAGGAGCAAGAAGAGCAGCAGAGAUUUGCUGCCCUCAGUGACCGAGAGAAGAGAGCUCUUGCUGCAGAGCGCCGACUAGCUGCCCAGCUGGGAGCCCCUGCACCUCAGAUCCCUGACCCUGUGAUCAUCAAUGUCCGACGCUGCUGGAGUUGUGGGACAUCCCUCCAAGGCCUCAUUCCCUUUCAUUACCUUGACUUCUCUUUCUGCUCCACACGCUGCCUCCGGGAUCAUCGCUCUCGGGCUGGGAGGCCCUCUUCCUGAUCUUUUAUAGCUCCACCUGGGGCCAACUCUAGGCCCUGAAAGGGCACAUUCACACCAGCUCUAGGUUUCGUCUUCCCCAUGAGGCCAGACGAUAUUUGGAAGAUUAGGGUGAGGGGCACUCAGGAACCAGGGCAAAGAUAGGGCCACAGAGGUGUGUGGAGCUGGUACUGUCUCUGGAACUUUAAUCAAAAUAAAGUUUGGCAAAGAAA